AUGACUAUUUAUUAUCUGAGUUACUUGGCAAUUAGUUAUGGAUCAUAUCAAGGUAGUUUUGAUUUAAUUCAUACCAGUAUUAAUUCUUACGGCGGUAUAAUAGGCAUUGCCACUAUUAAUAACACGAAUAUGUCAUUUCCACUCGUUACUCCUGUUGCUGCUAUCAGUGAUGAUAAUUUUCAAAGUACCAGCUAUUUAAUUAUUCGUGAAGGAUAUAAAAGCCCGGACUCAAUAUGUCGAGCAUCGAUACCAAAUUGUUUUGCAAAUAAUAAAAUAAAAUUUCCCUUUACUAAAAUUGAUAUAGACAUAUUAUUCGCAUAUAAUUCUGUUGAAAUUGGUGGUCCCUUAAAUGCCACCUUCAAUAUUCAUCCUGAACUUCAAAUAUAUGUGUGCGAAUAUGUUAAAGACAAUAAAAUCUCUUAUGAUUGGGCGCGAAAAUUUGGUGUGAGGACGCUUAUCUUUAUUUCUGCAUUGGAAGUGCUUAAAGCUUCAGUCAUAAUUCAUGCACGAUAUGUUUUGAGUGCACAACAAAAUAGUCUUAUAGUAUUCGCUAGCCUUUCACCCCUUAUACUUAUCUAUUUAAUUUUUUCUCUAAUGCUUUGUGAUUUUGGAAUUUGGUUCAUACGUAGACAUAUUUUAAUUAUCAAAGAUCUUAAAAAUGUAAAUUAUCUUCAACUUUUUGGUGAUUUCUUAUUACACUCACUACCCAUGCUGGUGUUAACAACUCAGCACUUUAUAUAUAGCUUUAAUCAAAAUCACCAGUAUCCUUCGAUAAUUUCUAUUCUAUCCAUUGUGGGUAAUUGUAUUGUGAUACUUAUAAACAUUUUUCGUCUGUAUGCUGCUAACAAGUCAAUAAGAGAGGCACAAAAUUUUGAUGAAGUAACAAAACACUAUAAUGAACUUCAACAACCAAAUCAAAAACUACUUAUAUUUGCCUUGAUAGACUGUGGAUUAAAUAUCAUUCCUCUGGGUUUUAUAAUUUCUCUAGCAGUUCAAGGAUUUAAUAGUAUCUUUAUUUUUAUAAUUUCACUUUUGGUAGCCAUUGCUAAGCUAUUAGUUUGUUUUUCUCAGUUUUAUACUCUUCGUUUUCGAAGACAAUUGAAAUCUCCAUUAGUUUUUUCUAUAGCCAUGAAUGAGUAUUGA